AUGAAGAGUUCAGAUUCUUCUACACGGUCUUACACAUUGUACACCGUCAACGAAGUCAAGAACAAGAGUGGGAACUGGUUAGGCCGCAACAAGAAUGAACAUCCAUUUGUACAUACAACAAUUGGUCAUAUAAAGACUGUUACUUCUUCAACCUCAGACUCAUCAAUCCACAAAUCAGAAUCUGUUCUGUUCGGUCCUUCAACCAACGAGGAGCUUGCAGCAAUUGUUCAGACAAGAAACAUGAGUCAGAGACAUAGCAAAACUACAAUUAUACUCCCAAGUGGAGUUCACACAUUGCCUAAAGACAGUAACGAUGCCCCUUUACCGUUGAUUGAGCGGUGGAAGUCAGGUGGAGCAUGCGACUGCGGUGGUUGGGACAUCGGUUGUAAGCUCCGUGUCAUCUCUAAUGAUCAUUCAAAGUCUCACACUUUCUCCUCAAGCUUUCAACUUUUUGAUCAGGAAAGAGACGAGCCAGCAUUCAAAAUAGUUAGCCACGGCGAUGAACUCCACUCGGUUGAGUUCGGCUCAUCGAUCUCUCUUUUGGAAGCGUUCUUUAUCUCGUUGGCUGUGACCAGUCAUCAGAGUUGGUGUCAGAAGGAGGAAGAAGAAGCAGCAGUUUUGAUCGGAGAUGGUCUGUUAAAGAGAGAAACACCGGCGAAAUACGCAACAAACCCACCGGUUUCUCCAAUCGGUCGGGUCUAGAGGCAGAGAAGAAGCUUACUGGGCUAGACUGUGUUGGAUCUGAUGUGGGCUGGGCUUUAAUAUAAUUGUAAUUAACAGUUUAUAUAUAUGACAUAAUUAAUCGUUUUAGAAUUUGUGCAAUGUACAAAAUAGUGUAAUGCAUUUAUGAAUCAUAUAUAAGUUAGGGUUUUGCUUGCA